AUGGCUGAAAACAAGUAUAAAUAUAGAAUUGAAAUACAACAAAUGAUGUUGGUAUCUGGAGAAUCGAAUGAUCCACCAAUAGAAACUACUUCCUUAAUUGAAGAUAUUGUACGUGGUCAAGUUAUUGAAAUUUUAUUGCAAUCUCAAAAAACAACCAAUAGUCGAGGUUCAAAAUCAAUAUCUGCUGAAGAUGUUAUAUUCCUUAUACGUCAUGAUAAAGCUAAAGUUAAUAGAUUAAGAACAUAUUUAUCAUGGAAAGACGUUCGUAAAAAUGCAAAAGAUCAAGAUGGCAAUGGUGGUACUGCUGAAUUACUAGAAAAUCAACAAGAAACUGAAACAAAUAAAAAGGAAAAUGAUUCUUCAAAAAUGUUAAAUAGAUAUAAGAAGUCUAAAAUUAGAUUACCUUGGGAAUUACAAUUUAUGUUCAGUGAACAACAUUUAGAAACUCAAGAAGAUCAAGAAAAUAUUGAUGAAGAAGAAAAAGCAGCUACAAUUGCAAGUUUAAAAAGAUUAAAAAUGGCUGAUGAUAGAACUAGAAAUAUGACUAGAGAAGAAUAUGUACAUUGGAGUGAAUGUAGACAAGCUUCAUUUACAUUUAGAAAAGCAAAAAGAUUUAGAGAAUGGGCUUCAAUCACUCAAUUAUGUGAUUCAAGACCAAAUGAUGAUGUUAUUGAUAUUCUUGGAUUUUUGACAUUUGAAAUUGUAUGUUCAUUAACUGAAGAAGCAAUGAAUAUAAAGAACAGUGAAAAUAAGUUAAAUGAAAAGAAAGAGAAAAUUAAACAAUUACAACAAAAGGAACAACAAAAGAAGAGAAAAUAUUUAUUUGAUAAACCUGAUGAAUUGCAAUCUCCAAUAAUGCCAUAUCAUAUUGAAGAAGCAUGGAGGAGAUUACAAAGUACUGAUUUUAAACAUAAAGCAGCAAGAUCAUUUGGAGGAGGAAUGGUGAAAACAAGAACUAGAUUAAUUUAA